AUGACGUCCGCCUUGGAGCAAUUGCCGGAGGAGAUCCUUCUUCUAAUACUCUCCCACCUGCAUUGCUCGAAUGCGACAGACCCAGCUGUCAAACUCAAAGCGCUCGCGAGAGUGUCCCGUGUCUCGAGACUCUUUCGUCGCCUGAACGAAUUAACACUAUACCGCAACUUGACAGUAGUGGCUUGCUCUGCUCUACACCUCAAGCAGCUUCUUCGCACUCUGCGUCAACGCCCGGACUUGUGCGCAGCUGUUCAGGCCGCUGCUCUGGGACCGCGGUUCGACCCGGAUCAUCGCGAUGCUAGUUCUUUGCUCAGUUUGAUACCGAGACUAAGGGCCCUCGACCUCUCAAUCAGUCAAGAGGGAGGACUGCCACACGUUGGCUAUAUACCCAACCUGCCUCAGCCGGGCAUGGACGACCACCCCUUUCCCUACCUCAGAGAAGUCUGCCUACGCUAUCACCUGGGUCAUAAGGCACGUGUAUUGCCACAAUAUAUUUUCUGGCUCGAAUCAUUGAUCCGCCAUCCAGGUGUCGAGACGCUUCGGGGAUACGGGCUGCACUGGUGGCCUUUCAGGACACCGCCGCGACAAGCAAGCAGAAUAGAACACGUGCACCUUGUGGAUUGUGACAUCAGCAGCGUGGUCAAGAUCAUCGCCUAUUUCAACAAGAGUCUUCGGACCCUGACUUUGACCUGGACCGCACCUCCCGACUUCCUUCGACAAGGCGGCGAGCUCUGUGCCCUGGCGAACACCAUCAGCAAAUGCGCCACCGGUCUGGAGAAGUUGGACUUCCAGUGCGGCCAACCGUUCUACCCAUACCCA